GGCGCGAGGCGUUGACGCGCGAGCGUGGCGUGACGUAGCGUGCGCGCUGAUGUCAUCGAAGCUGCCGUGAGGGCGGGGCGAGGAUGGUGGCCGGCGCCUUCCCGAUCGCCAAGCUCCUCUACUUGGGCGUCCGGCAGAUCUCCAAGCCCCUAGCCGCGCGCAUCAAGGACGGGGCGCGCGCCAGCCCCUUCUUCCGGCAGUACAUCUGCGGGCCCCCCGCGCAGAUCUAUCACUGGGUGGAGAUGCGGGCCAAGAUGCGAAUCAUGGGAUUCCGGGGGGCGGCCAUCAAGCCGCUGAGUGAGGAGGCGGCGGCGGACUUGGGGGCGGAACUGCUGGGCGAAGCCAUCGUCUUUGGAGUGGGGGGCCUCUGCAUUUACCUGGAGUACGCCCGCCAGUCCACCAACAGCCAGAAGAAGGAGGACGAGUUGAGCAGCACCCUCCUCAGCCUCCAGGAACAGAUCUCAGAGCUGAACUUGACUGUGGAGACCUUAGACGCUCGCUUGCGCGAAGCCAACCGGAUCCUAGUGGAGCUUUCUAGCGCUCCCCAGAAGAAAUGACCCAGCCCUGGAUGGGAAACGUGGGUGUUUUCUGUUCCAGGAUGGCACUCCUGUUACAAGCUGCGUGGGAAGCCCCACUACUGGAGGAAGGCCGGCAAGGAGAGAACAUGGACCCUACAAAGUGCAGGAGGAUUUGGGGUACAAGGGCCCUUUGACUUGCCCCGUGACCCUCGGCUACUGAAUCGCUUGACCUCUUCCUAAUAUGUAAAUACUGUGAAUCUAUUAAAACAAUGGCGACAAAGAAAUCAAA